AUGGAGAAGAAAAAAAUUGAUGAUGCAGGCAAGGGAGCAGAGGACUGCUGGCUGGAACGGUGUCCUCGAGGAGGCAUCUCUCAGCAGUACCCCAAGAUUCUCAAUGGCACCAGCGGGACCAAUGGGUUCCUCCCCGGUGGCCACACCUGCCCCCCGCCUCACUCUCAGCCCUGGCAGGUAGCCCUACUAGUGCAAGGGCGGCUGCUCUCGGGGGGGGGAGUCCUGAUCCAACCACAAUGGGUCCUCACUGCAGCACGUUGUCUAAAGGACGGGUACAGAGUAUCUGGCAAGCAGACCCUGAGGCAUGUGGAAGAUGGAGAGCAGGUGAGGGAGACAGUUCGAUCUAUCCCCUGCCCUCUGUAUCAGAUCAGCCCCAGCCACCUGAGCCGAGACCUUGACGUCAUGCUUCUGGAACUGCAGUCCUCGGCCCAGCUCACCAGCCACAUUCAAAUCCCGCCCCUCUCCCACCACGACUGCCUCCCCGCUGGCACCUGCUGUCCGGUGUCUGGUUGGGGCACCACCACCGGCCCCCAGGUGAGUUACCCCCAAACCCUCCAAUGUGCCAACAUCAAACUAUGCUCAGGUGAGGGAUGUCAUCAAGUCUACCCGGGGAAGAUCACGCCCAACAUGCUUUGUGCCGGCACAAAAGAGGGUGGCAAUGACUCCUGUGAGGGCGACUCCAGGGGUCCCGUGGUCUGUAAUGCAACACUCUAUGACAUCAUCUCCUGGGGAGACUUCCCGUGUGGACAGCCCAACCGGCCUGGUGUCUACACCCGAGUCUCUCAGCAUGUUACAUGGAUCCUUGUUCUGUGCCCUGUGCUGCUGCAUCUUUGUCUGUGACUCCCAAAUGCAGAGGUUAAAUGCCCAGCCAUGGGAAUCCCUGCUUUGAAUAAGUCAUAAAACGCAACCUCGGUUUUCUCAUCUGUAAAAUGGGGCUCAUAAUUUUCCUCAGAGCGCUGUUAUGAGUAUAAA